CUCUGCUCUAUUCCCGCUGACUGAUUUCCCGGGGGUCUCUGAUCCAAAUGUUCAAAUUAUGGCCCCGGAACGAAGAGCAACGUUUAUAAACUUUCAUACUGACCUACUGCGGCGGCUGGGUGUUAUCUAGUGUUAUCUAUGGAUACCCAAUAGUACUAGUGAACCUACUGAAGUGACUGAAUACAGUGUUAUGAGGGAACAUCACUUGUACAUAAGCGACUUGCUUUAGGAAAGGAAAGAUGAAAUACGACCGGCAAAGUACCUCUUACAUUUCAUCAUAAAUCUAUAGGCCUAUCUUAGAUAGUCUAUAUGAUAAUUACCUAACAAAAAAACAGGUGCACAUAAAAACACGGUACAUGACGUUAAUAGGUGUCUACAUAUGUCUUUGCAGCACGCAAAUAAAUAGCAGCCUCCUUGCGAUCUUUUGCUAAGCGAUUACAGUUUUAGUGUCUCAUUCAUGGCUUGCCUGUAGUACUGGGAUACUGGACAAAAGUGCCUCGGCUGGCACGUGCUGUGGGCGUCAGUCACCUGUUUCUUAGCAACCGUCACAACAAGAGAGCACCUGUGGCUCCCAUUUGAAAAAGGCUUUUCACGGAUUUAGUUUUUUAAAAGGGCAAUGAGGCGAAAGUAACAUAAAACUGUGCUUUAAAUGCAGAGCGGAGAAUUCGGAACCCCUAGGUUUUUGUUUUUUUUACAUUCGAAGAGCCCGAAAAGAUGGGAUAGUUUUAAAACAUCUUCCCCGUAGCUAAACAUCACUUCCAGCAUUUUGGAAAGAACAUAUUACAAGAUUAGACUAGCACACUGAUAUUAUUUAGGCAGAUUAUUUUACCGUUUACGUUUUAAGUAUAGAAAAAUAAAGUGGAACAUCACAGUACAUGUAAACCGAAAUAAAUUCGUAUCCUGUGUUCAUUAAGAAAUCCACGUCAUUAGCUCAUCAACUCAGAAAAAUGUGCUAAAUAUUAUUAUUAAUAUUAUUAUUAUUGCUGUUGUUGCAUUUAGGUUAAUAAUUUAAAAGUAUAGCGGUCCAUACCCGUAUGAUGAAGUAUACAGGACUGUGAAAAGUAGCCUAUGAAAGACGAAGACUAUCAUUGUCUCGCUUACGUUUGAUAUUAACAAAUGUGACGCUUUACUUGGCCAGAAAAUGCUCCUCUAACUGGUUUAUUACUAUUUACCUUCCGUUAGAGGCGGUGGUGACCCCCUGUUACACCCCGCCUACUAGUUAGUUCUCACCUCUCUACGUCACCUGACCGAACACCAUGCAAAUCAAAUCUUUUCUAAAACGCCAUUGGCCGCCUUCAGCUCAUUUAAUCGCUGUCAGAGCGCAUCGUAUGGCUGCUGCUCUAUUAACUUCCCUACACUGUUAGAGAAAGUAGCUCAAAGACGCUUUUCAUCGCUGUGGAUCUGAAAAGCAAGUGGAGAGGGGGAAACACUCUGAAAAAAGUCCAACGAAGUAUCAUUACCGUCCUGGAUUACAUUGCAUUGUGUGACUCGCUUUUCGCCGGAGGUUCGCUCGUUCGCGCCAGCUGAGCCGGACUUUAGCUCAGAAACUGAAUGUUCUUCUAUAUUGGUUAAAAAGUUAAAUCCAGCUGAAUGUAUAGCAUGAUGAUGGAAACGGACCUGCAUUCCCCAGGACCCCAAACAAAUACGAGUUCGGGGCAGACGGGGCCAAACAAUGGAAGCAAAUCUAACCAAGACCGGGUGAAGAGACCGAUGAACGCGUUUAUGGUUUGGUCUCGGGGUCAGCGGAGGAAGAUGGCCCAGGAGAAUCCCAAAAUGCACAACUCCGAAAUCAGCAAGAGGCUGGGCGCUGAGUGGAAAGUCAUGUCUGAGGCGGAAAAGAGACCCUUUAUUGACGAGGCGAAGCGGUUGCGGGCCAUGCACAUGAAAGAGCAUCCGGAUUACAAGUACCGACCCAGGAGGAAGACCAAGACCCUUCUGAAAAAAGACAAGUACUCCUUAGCUGGAGGUCUGCUCACCGGAGCUGGCAGUGGCGGUGGAGUUGGUCUAGGCGUCGGGAUGAAUCCGGCUGGGGUCGGACAGAGGUUAGAGAGUCCUGGGGGUCACGGUGGCGCAGCAAGCGCGGGCUAUGCACACAUGAACGGCUGGGCAAACGGCGCUUACUCCGGCCAGGUCGCAGCUGCUGCAGCCGCCGCGGCGAUGAUGCAGGAGGCGCAGCUCGCGUACAGCCAGCACCCGGGCAGCGGGACUCAUCACCACCACGCACACCACCAUCACCCUCACAACCCUCAGCCUAUGCACCGCUACGACAUGGCCGCUCUCCAGUAUAGCCCCAUCUCGAACUCCCAGAGUUACAUGAGCGCCUCUCCGUCGGGGUAUGGGGGAAUUUCCUACGCUCAGCACCAGAACUCGAGUGUGGCUUCCUCGGGGGCUAUUGGCACCUUGGGGUCGCUGGUGAAAUCGGAGCCAAGCGUGAGCCCUCCUGUUUCCACUCACUCCAGAGCUCCGUGUCCGGGAGACCUGAGGGAAAUGAUAAGCAUGUAUUUACCCACGGGCGAUCCAGGUGACCCGUCAGUCCAAAGUAGGCUGCAUACAUUGCCACAGCACUAUCAAAGUACCACAGCAGGGGUGAACGGCACAGUUCCGCUGACACAUAUUUAAGCGUAAACAAAAUGAAUACAAACUGCAACGAACAUACAGAAACUCUUAACCAAAUAUUUACCUCUUUUUUAGAUUGUCACUUAACUACCUUUUGUACAGAAUGUUUUGAUGUUCAUGUAAAAUUUAAGUUAAAUAUGGUUUGGAUGCCUUUUAGGAAAAAACGAUAAGAUAUACCACAAGAAAACAUGGUUUUGACAUCGGCUACUAUUCCAUCAUUUUCUUUAUAUUAAACCCUUAAUUGUUCCAUUUUAGUUCAUUAACUAAUUUAACGUUUUAAACAAUUGCGAUUUUCCUGUAAAUUCAAUCUACUGGUUUUGAAGUCAUCCCCAUUUUCUGUGCAAAAUGACUAUAGCGUUAUUAACAAAAAUAUAGUAACAAUUAAGUUGAACAAACACGAACAUGUUUUUAAAGUUUAUAGAUUUCCCCCAUUUGACAUUUUCCCAGACGUUUGUAAACAUGUGAGUUUCUGUAUCUGAAUGAUUUAUUUUUUGUUGUAAUAUUUCUUGUAAAUUGUGAAUAUUUUUCAAUAUUCUAGAAGCUGACAAGAGACUAACUGUAAAUAUUUUACUAAAUGCAUUUCUCUUAAAGAAAAAAGAAGGAAAUCUUGACAUUGCGUUGAUUUAUGAGUUAAA